CCACAACUUGUGAAACAGAGGCUUCUCUCUAACAGAGGGCGGUUUUCCCGAUUCGUGGGAAACCGCUCGACCCUUUGGAUUUGGCACCAUUUUCAAGAUUGUAUGCGCGAUCUGUGGCAACCUGUAUGAAUUUUGAAAUACUACAAGUUUCAUAUUUCGAAUUGGGGAUUUCUCAAUUCGAGAUUGAUUUGGUUAGCUGUAAUAUAAAGAAACGUUAUGGCCGGAGUUGCCCCAUCUGGAUCUCCCAAACAAGGGGAAUGGAUGAAGGGGAAAUUGGUGGGAUCAGGAUCUUUUGGAACUGUUCAUUUGGCCAUGAGCAAAUCCACAGGAGGACUCUUUGUUGUUAAAUCAGCACAUUCCAGGGCUGAAUUUGCGGCUUUAGAGAAUGAGGUUGAGAUUCUCAAGAAUCUAGAACCAUCUCCUUAUACAGUCCAAUACUUAGGGUCAGAAAGAGAUGGAGAUGAUCUCAAUGUUCUAAUGGAGUACAUGGCUGGGGGUAGUUUGGCUGAUAUUGCAGAGAAAUUUGGUGGAUCAUUACAAGAAGAUGUGGUUCGUUUGUAUACAAAAGAAAUUCUUAAAGGCCUCAAUUAUCUUCAUGGUAAUGGGAUUGUGCACUGUGACCUUAAGUGCAAGAAUGUGCUUCUGGGGUCUUCUGGGGACAUCAAAUUGGCAGAUUUUGGAUGUGCAAGGAGGGUGGAGGACUUGAAAAAUAAAUGUUUGAUGAAGAAGAAGAAUAACAAGUCUUUGGAACAUGUUAGUGGGACCCCUCUAUGGAUGGCUCCUGAAGUUUUGAGGAAUGAAAAGCUUGAUUUUGCCGCUGAUAUAUGGUCUUUGGGAUGUACUGUUAUUGAAAUGACUACUGGUAGGCCUCCUUGGGGUGCUUCUAAUUAUGAUUCAAACCCAAUGGCUGUUCUUUUGAAGAUUGCCUGUGGUGAUGAGAUCCCUCAAUUCCCAACCCAUUUCUCAAAGGAGGGUCUGGAUUUCUUAAGGAGAUGUUUGGAGAGAGACUCAAGAAAAAGGUGGACAUGUGAGGAACUUCUUAGGCACCCAUUUAUCUCAAGGGAUUCAUCUGAAACAACACCAUCAUCUUCAUCCAAAGAUACUGCUUCCUCACCAGUCUGUGUGUUGGGGAUUUCAAGUUUUGAGGGUGCUUAUGAUUUGGAUGAACCAGAAAGUCCAGAGGGAAAUGAUUUCUCAGUCAGAAACCCGUUCACAUGUUGCAAAGAUGGAAGAAAAGGAAGUGAAAUGCAAAGGCAUGGAGAAGAAUGUGGAUUAUGUUCAUCACAGAAUUGGAUUACUAUCAGAUCAUGAGAAUGGGGACUCAGAUCCCUUCUACGUAAAAAAGGACUAGUGAAGAAAGAAAUAGAAAGAAGCAUAGGAUCCAUCCAUCAAUGAGGAUCUCACUUUCUGUUUUUGUUCUUACUGUCUCCUAUCACCAGAAGAAAUUCUUCUGUUGAGAAAUGGAACAGCUAUAUAAAGCAAAGGAUGGAAAUGUACAGCCAAGUAGGAGAAAGAGAGUUUUUCCUUUGGGCUCUCUUCUCAUCUAUUAGUCAUACUGUUUUCAUUUUUGUUACAGAAGAAAUAGAUUUGUUCUUCUAAUCCCUCACUUGUAAGUAUAGAAAAUAGAAACUGUUCUAUAUUGUAUCAUAUAAAUAUGCACCCACACAAAUGUGGAUUCUUGAGUGGUUUGUUGCAUUUCUAAAUGGGUCAUUAAUCUUGAUUGUCAAAUGAAUAAAUCAUAGU